GGGGGUGGUGGCGCUGUCCAAUGGUGGGGUAGCAGCGGGUAGCGCGCGGGAGACGGCGACGCUCGCUCUGCCGCCACCAAGCAACGGAUCCACUCGGCGAGCGGCGCGCGAAGAGAGCGAGUGAGAGAGAGACAAAGACGCGCGUGGGUGGUAGUUGCUGAGGCGGUGGCGGAAAGUUGUUGCGAGCAGCGUGUGAGAGAGUUGACUCUUGAGGUGGUUUUGUCGGUGGUGAUGGUGAUAGUCGCUUUGAACGGGAGCCGGAGUUGAACACUGAACAGGUCGUUGCUGGCAUAACCCCGGUGACAUCAUGGCCAAAGAUGUCGGAUAUUUUGACAAGAAUGGAGAGUUAAGGGGCUUUUUGGAAAACUUCAGCCCAUCCAAAAGCACUGUCUCUGUGGUCACGCUUCCCGUUGGGAACCUGGGCUCGCCCGGCAAGCACAUCCUGCCCAAGACGCUCGCCCCGUCCAACGUGAACGUGCCCCAGCAGAUGUUGCUGGGCGCUCCCCAGCGGAACGCUUCCAUGGCUGGCGCGGUGCUGAUGGGCAACCAGCACGGGCAGCAAGCGCAGCACACGCAGAUGCGCCCCCUGGACAGCCCGCCAUCAUGGUCCGGCAAGGGCCGCAAGGGAGACAAGAACGGCAAGGGGCUGCGCCACUUCUCAAUGAAGGUGUGCGAGAAGGUGCAGCAGAAGGGCACGACGUCAUACAACGAGGUGGCCGACGAGCUCGUGGGCGAGAUCACCAGCAGCGCACGGCUGGCGGCUGCCGCCGGGACGUACGACCAGAAGAACAUCCGUAGGCGCGUGUACGACGCCCUGAACGUCCUCAUGGCCAUGAACAUCAUCUCGAAGGAGAAGAAGGAGAUUCGCUGGAUCGGGCUGCCCACCAACUCGGCGCAGGAAUGCCAAAACCUGGAGCGGGAGAGGCAGAGGAAGAUGGAGAGGAUCAAACAGAAGCAGUCCCAGCUGCACGAGCUGAUCCUGCAGCAAAUCGCCUUCAAGAACCUGGUGCAGAGGAACCAGGAGAUGGAGAAAGUGACGAAGCGAGGGCCCGCACACAACACUGCCAUCCACCUGCCGUUCAUCAUCGUCAACACGAGCAAGAAGACCGUCAUCGACUGCAGCAUCUCCAGCGACAAGUUCGAGUACCUCUUCAACUUUGACAACGCGUUUGAGAUCCACGACGACGUGGAGGUCCUCAAGCGCAUGGGGCUCACGUUCGGCCUAGAGACGGGGACGUGCUCGCCCGAGAACAUGGAGCGUGCGCGCCUCCUCGUGCCCAAGGCCCUGCAGCCGUUCGUGCGCGACAUGGCGUGUCAGCAGUUCGAGUCGGCCGAUCAGAACGCCGCGUCCGGCCGGCUGGACGGGCUGCCCUCUCCACUGGACAUCGAGGUGGACGGCGCCACGUUGGCGUUGGCGGCGGUCGACGCGGCCCCUCGCUCCGGCGGCGGCGGCGGCCGCUCCCGCAACGCGACGCCCUUUUCCUUCCUUGGCGACGAGGAGGAGGAGGACGAGGAGGAGGAGGACGAGGAGGAGGAUAGCGAAGAGGACAGCGACGAGGACGAUGACUCGGACUAACCGGGUGCGCGGUUGUCACACGUCUCCCGCACCGCCGCCAGUGCGCGGAGCGGGAGACGCGGAGAUCACGCGGCGUGGGCAGUGCCAUCCAGGCCGAGGCUGCAUUCACACAAACACCCCCCCCCCCUUCUCCCCCCGUUGCCCGCGUUCAAUUUGCACUGGGGCCAUGGCGAGGACCAGGUCUUUUAAGUAUAUCCGACCUGACCUGGGCACAGCUACACCUGACGUGCAAGGAGAUGGUUCUUCGGGUUCAACGUGUACCGCACACGAGGCAUCGCCAGCCGACCGCGUUGAUCGCGCACCGAGGUUGCUGCUGCUGUUGUUGUUGCGCAUCCACGCAAGCGUGGCCUUCAUGAGUUGGAACGAUUCUCGGGUUUCUACAUCGUGUGCGAGCUCCGCCUCCUUAAAGGCGUUGGUGGGCCGAUCGCACGAACCGCCCGUUUAAUCGCCUCCGCCCGCGACGUGAGAUUGACGUUCGAGCGACAGCAACGUAAGCUGGCGCCACCCUCGAGGCCCAUCUCUCGUGCACGUGGGCCUGAAGCGAAAACAGCUGCAACUCGCCCACUUCCUGUGCUCCGGAAGAUGAAGUGCGUCGCCGUGCGUCGCCGUGGAAAUGCGCCGACGUGUGCCGCGUCCGCUUCCCCCCCCCCCCCCUUUGGCCCCGGUUCACUACGUCGGGCAAACGAGCUCUGGUGCCGGCCAGAGUCCUCUUAAUUAAAACCUGCCGUGGGUUCCCAACAACCCCCUUUUUUCCCCUUUUCCUUUGUUAAAAGCCUGUUCGGAUCCGAGCUAGUUUAAAUCCGAGUUGUGAUUGCUCGUGUUCCUUAUACAACUCUCCCGUGUGGUGUGCAGGAUUCACUUAGCAUUGCGAGUGCCGCUGCCUAGGGGGCGGGUUUCUUGCUGUGAACAAACGCUUGUGCUUGUAAUUCCCCAUGUUCUUUAUUCACUUGUGGUCUCAGUUUUUUUUUAUCAGACAGUGCAGCCCAUCGUAGCUCCUUAAUUCAGGCCGGUGUUUUUUUUUUUACGGAUCCAGAAUUUAGCGCACGCUACAACCCUCUUCUGUUCUUGCAGCUUCCUCUUUUUUU